AGCGCGAGAAGCGGAGCUCUCUUCUGCAGUUUGCACCAGAGUUUGCACUCCGGUUUGCACUUUCCGCACUCUUUCCCAACUCUGUUUUCGCGCAAGGACAGCGUCCACGACGGGAACGACGACGUAGACAACGUGCUCAUUUCCGCAUACCUUGUCGCCUCAAACUGUCCACCGUUGGGAAGCCUUUGUUUUUGGAACACCUCCGAAUAUCUCCCAUAACGCCUCGCCUCUCCACCAUGGACCAAACGCUCUCAAAACGCCUCGGCUUCCUCCACGACGCCGCCCACGCCCUCUUCGCCUCCCAUCCGUCCCUCUCCCGCCACUACCUCUCGACAUUCACCGAAACCUGCGUCGCAACGCAAACGCCUAUUAUCGACAAGGUUGCACGGCGAUAUUGCUCGAGGUGUGCGACGCUGUAUGCGGCGGGACGGACGGUGGAUGUUUGUGUGAGGAGGGUGCAUGGCAGGCAGGAGAAGGGGAAGGGCAAAAGUUCGGAGGCGGGGCGAGGGGUGAAGGGUGAGGCGCCGGCGCCCGGCAAGGAGAAAGUGACUCCAGAGGGAGGGACACCGGGCGUUGAGCAGAAGAAGAAAGGGAAGAGACUACAAAAGCAGAAGCGGCUUGGGACAGCGGAUAUGGGAAGGGCAGAAACCCGAAAGUCCGAAACGGGAAAAACAGCACAGUGGACUGCAGAAACGUACGAGACGGCUACGAGCGGACUCACACCAGUUAACAUAAACCGCUUGGGCGAUGAAACAACCUCAGCACGACAAUCGACAGCACCGCUGGCGAGCAGCUAUAUUGCCUACGUCUGCACGACAUGUACCGCGGAAACGAGGUUGGCAGGCACACCAGCAGGGUUUACACUCCCGAAGCCGGUAUCCACUUCCCUUCCCAUCAAAAUUGCCAAGCCGAAGAGUAAAACAUCAUUAAGUACUGCCGCCUUCGCCACAUCUGCAACCACGCCGAAGGUUGCAGCAUCCUUAUCCCGCAACGCAUCGAAGUCGGCGUCAUCAAAUGCUGCGGAGUCUUCCAAGUCGGUAGCGCAGGCACAGCUCCCUAAACCCGCAGAUCCAAACUCAAAAGCAGCAACGAAGCGGAAACGGAAGGAUGAUUUGCAGAGUCUGCUUGCUAAGAAAGGGAGUGGCGGCAGUGGUUCCGGAUCGUUGUCGCUCACGGAUUUUCUUUCGGAUCUUUGAGCGUAUUCGAAUCGGACCAUAUACCCUCCACCUGCGCGUCCAUUUUCGUCAACAUUAUGUACAACGAUCGAUAAACC